CGUGUGUGGGUGGGUGUGUGCAAGCUUGUGUGUGUGUGUGUGUUUCGGAGUCUGACAGAGCGAGUCUAGUCUUUAAGAGCAAGCUUUCCCCUCGGUUUGACAACAGUCUCAUCUGGUACCACGCUGCUGACACAGACGUGAUCUCUCCUCACCUGUACCGUGAAAUCUGAGCAAGGACCAUGGCACGCCUGGAUCACGUCAUCACAAACAUCGUGGAUGUAUUUCUGGAGUACGCUGACGACGGAGGCAAGAAACGUCAGCUGAACAAAGACGAGCUCAAGCUGGUGCUGGAGAAAGAAAUACAAACCCCAGAGUUGAAAGAUAAAAUAAGCCCAGAUGACAUUGAGGAGGCCAUGGAGAUGCUCGACAAAAACCAUGAUGGCGAGGUCAACUUCCGCGAAUUCUGUCGGUGUGUUUGCGUCCUCGCCAAAUGCUACUACAACAAGAAAACGGGCAAGGGCUGCAAGAAAGGCAAGGGCAAAGAACACGAGUGUGAAGAAGAAGCUUGAUAAGACUACGAGUCCUUAAUAUAUUUGUAGCACCGCUUAUUUAGAGACGUCCUAUUUCUCAAUACACACAGGCGCUACUGAUAUUAUGGCACCUCCACUGGGUUUUAAAUGCGUAUGUAAAACGCCCUAGUCGUUCUAGGUGAACUGGUUUUCAGAAAUGUUUCUCACUGGAGAGAUGUAACGGGUGCAAAGUUUGAAUUGCUGUGAGUUUUCUCUUGUGUUCGAGGGUUGCUGGGUGUCUGGUGUCGCGCCAGGAAACAAGCAGGGGCUCAUCAAACAUUCAGCAGACUUCACCGACUGCUUCCUGCAUCACAUAUCACCUUCCUCACUGGAAAUGUACUUCCAUAGAUUCCACUCUUUACACUUUUGUGUCACCAACAAUAAAAACAAUAACAGAAAAACAAAA